AUGUCGACCUCAACAUCUGUUUCCACCCAGCCUUUAUCUCAUUCCAGCAACUGCGACUGUACCUUUUGCCAGAACCACGCUGCUCAACAACCCGAACAAGUCACAAGCCAUCAUCAAGCCGUCGCUAGUAUGCCAUCACACGAUAGGAACGACUAUUUCGACGACAAGGCUUACGAUACGGUUUCCGAUUCAGAGUCAGAACGUCAUCGGGAAGAGAAAAUCCGCCAGGCACCCUAUCUUCCUCGAGUGCAGGUGUGGGCUCGCAAUAACGGCCCUUACACUCUUCGCGUUGGUAAUCAAUGGUUUCAUUGUGACGACCUCAUUGUGAACGGUGCCGAGUAUAGGCAAAAAAGCAGGAAGGCUGACGCCUCCUCAACCUCGCCUGCAAAUCAGGCUGCCUACUCGGCGCAGAAGCCGAGAAGACCGGCCAGUAGCAGAGCACAGUCUUACCAAAGGACUCGACCAGAGAAGCAGCCAACUUCGACUGCAAAUACAACCAAUCCACCGCAAAGGCUCGCUGCACACGACCAAUACCAACCACAGUCACUGCCUGCACCCAAAGACUCAGAUAAGCGCAAGGCUGAACACAGACGUCACAAGGAGACCGAUGACGCUCCACGCGAACGCAGAGAUUCAGGCACAGCCAUGAUGGAUCAACCAUCAUACGGAGCUCUCGUAACAUAUACUCAUCCACCACCUUCACAAGCUGUUCAGCCGCCCCGUCAAGCACCUGCCAAAGCAGGACGUCCAGGUCUACCAAGAAGAGCCUCGUCGCGCAACAAUAGCUACCAACGGCCUGUGCGUAAGGCGGGUAAGAAACAUGUGCGGUUCGCCUCUACGACGGAGUGA